CAACACCGAGAUCCCACACAUGUGGAUCACCUUUUACAGUCAGCUACUGCCUACUGUCUGGUGUGGAUGUUUUUUAGACGAAGGGAGGGAGGAGUGCUAGCAGUGGUUGUGAAGGACGGGACAGCUGGUGUGAGGCCAAGGUUUUUCACUUAAGAAAAAAGGGAGUGCAUAGCGCAGACGCUCCUGACAGGAAAAACUGUCCCAGCUCGGCUUGGAGUGGAGAAAGAGGGCAAAGGGGUGACAUAGUGGAGCUUGUUUUAAAAACUGGGUUUGUUUUUAUACUCUGCUGUUUGUCUGCGUUGCUUCAUAAUUCCUGAUGGGUUUCCAGAAACUGGAAGCCGUAGAGUACAGACGAGGAAAAGAAAAUCUUCACAGUCCGAACUUCGAUGGGGAAAGAGAGGAGAAGGCCUCACACAUGAACACAUGAAAAGAUGCUACAACCCCUGGCUAUUACUCAGUGUUGUCAUGGUGACAAAGUGCUGUCAGCUGCAGGGGGAAUCGCUGGAAGGGUAGCCAUAGCAAUCCAGCUGCCCAGCCAGGCUAAGUGUCUGGUCGCCAGCUGCGCCUCUCCCCUGACGGCCUGAACUCGCCAUGGAGGACGUGUCGCCGGCCAACGGCUCUGACCCUCUUAGCGGUGUUCUAGAGAAGGCGGAGCUGGCCAGGAAGCCGGACGCCGCCCCGCGCGUGAGCGACGACCAGCCGUGGCGCAGCCCUGGCUCCGAGCCCGGGCCUGGGCCUGGCACCCCCUCCUCCGCCAGCUGCUCGCCCAGCUCGCCCGGCUCGCCCUGCGGCGCCAGCGGUCAAUGGCAGCUGCAGUCCCCUCCGGGCUCCGCUGUGUCAGCCCUGCAGUCCAAAGUCCGGGCCCUGUCCGAGCGGCGGGCGGCGGGCCAAACCGCCGCGGCGCUCCUGACGGUGCCCGGCCAGCCGCAGGCCGCUAAGAGAGCCUCGCCCUCUGUCCUGGGGCCCGCGGCCGCGGGGAGAUGGGUGUCCAGCAGCAGCGAGGAAGAGGCGGAGCCCCAGGCGCACUCUUACCUGGCUAAUUUCCCUUCGCCAGGAGACAUAGAGACUCAGGGGGAGGGGGUAGUAGGGGGGGACGGGUGCGAGGCAGGCCUCAGCGCAGGCCUGGUGCCUCUGUCCCGAGAGCUGGGAGAGGGGGCCAGUCUGGAGAGCCUGUCUGACGUGGGCUGCAGUCUCCCUGACGAGCCCCCGUCCAUGAAGUCCUGGGCCCCUCCGAAGGGGUUCUGGAAGGCCGCCCGGCCCGAGACGCUGCUUCUGAACGGGGACGCCCCGCUGGCAGGGGACAGGCCCCCCGGCGGCCCGGCGGCGGGCGCGGCGGCUCAGAAGAAGGCCUGGGCGGCGGGGGGACGGGGGGUGCGCAGGGAGAUCCAGAGGUCGGACAGCCUGGAGGGCCACCUGCGCAGGUGCGUGCAGACGGAGGCGGGGCCGGAGGGCCCGCUGGGGGGGCUGUGGAGGGCCGACAGCUGGGAGAGCGUGUGCAGCAGCGGGAGCUCCCUGUCUCUGGCGGAGCGGGUGGAGAUGAACCGGGGUCUCCUCAGGCAGAUGCUGAGCAGGCCCAGCGGGAAAGGCCUGGAGGGCCUGGAGGGCGAGCACAGGGCUGAGGACCCCGCAGAGUGCAACGGCAGAGGAUUGGUGGCCCUGAACGACAGUGACUGGGACUCGGGGAUAUCUCUGCAAGACAGCGAACACAGUCAGAGGGCCUUUGUGCUGAGCGACGAGCUGCCCCUGAGCCCCCGGCACGAGCAGGCCAAGCGUCUGCUGGAGCGAGCGCGCAUGAAGGCCCGGUCCUGCCCUCUCAAAGCCGACCACACCAUCCUGCCGGUCCAGAGGGACAGCCCGGAUCCGUCGUCCAGGGCUGGAGUGUCGCUGCGCACGGCUCCGCUCGCGGGGAAGGAGGGCGCGGCGGCCGUUUCGGGGAACCUGAGCGACUCCUCCAGCGGGGACUCGGCGUGCGGCCCCCGCCGGCGGCACGGCCAGUCGCCCACGCGCGUGCGCUUCGAGGACGAGUCGGAGAAGGAUGCGGAGGUGCGCUACCUGGAGCGCCUGCGCCAGCGCCGCCGGGCCGGCGAGAGGGCCCAGGGCCUGCUGGUGUCCAAGCCCAGCCUCUCCUCCUACGUCAACGGCAGGAAGGACAGCGAGACCGCCGCCGAGCCCAGCCGGGCUCCAGAGAGCGCCCCCUUGUGGAGCAAGAAGACCAGGAGGAUCCAGGACAGGGCCGCAGCGAACGGAGGCACCCACGGCAAGGCCGUGCCGCAGGAAGUAGCCGGCAGGAAGUGCAACUCCUGCGGGUCUGUCCUGGACGGUGCCUCGGCUGUGCAUUUGACCCCCGACUCAAACUGCCAGCCCCCCCAGACGGCCUGCCACCAUGACUCUGAAGGGAAGGCGGUGCCCGUGUGGGUGGCCCCCACCCUCACUGACCGCACGGUGCGCACCGAGAUCAUAAAGGAGACCUACAUCGGGGAGGUGGAGGCCUCUGGUGAGCAGGCGGGGGGGAGCGGCGCGGGGGAACGCGUCUCCACUUUGGGGAAGCUGAAGAGGAGGAGCAGGAAGGGUGAAGGCCGGCAGGAGGCGGGGCUCAGCCCGUACGCCAGGACAGCGGCGGCGGCGGCGGGCGGUUGCCAGGAGACGUCCGCCUGCAGGCCGAGGCGCGGCGGGGCGGAGCUGAGCGCUCCCCGCGGGACAGGGGCGCUGCCGCCCAACCCCUACGCCUCAGAACAGCCAGGCCGCCGCCCCGCCUCCCCAGCCACAGAGGGGGUGCCGGUGCCCCCCCUGCUGGACGCUCCCCCCAACCUGCUGCCCAUAAAAUCCGCUCUGAAGUCCGGGCCCAGGAACCGGCCGAGCGGGCAGCGCGUGGUCAAGCUCGUGCCCCCGCCGGAGCACCGCCUCCUUCGGCCGGACGGCCUGGAGGACGCCCGCGACCUGGAGCCCCGCCUCCCGCCCGGACCCGCCGCGGAGCAGCCCCUGGAGCCUGAGGCUCUGCUCCAGGGCCUGGAGGAGCAGCAGUGCGCCGUGCCGAGCUACGGGGAGGACGGCCCCUCUCUUCUCAAGCCCUGCCCCCCUACCGGCGGCAGCCCCGCCCCCUGCCUAAGGCCCUCCUCCCUCAGGUACUCUCCAGCCAGAGGCCUCUCUGACUACGAGGUUGCAGAGUCCUGGGACCCUGCCGCAGAAGAAACAGCUGUGGGCCGGCUACUCCAGGCCAAUGGAGAGCUGUGCCAUGAUCCAGCCAAUGUGUGCUCCGCCCCUGCCGCCCGCUGUGUCAGUGAUGGGCGAGUCAGGGGACCAAUGAGGGUGGAGCAUCUGAGGGAGGACAACCCUGACCUGAAACAUGGAGUGGAGUUGCACAAGAGAGUUGUGUUCGAAGGUUUCGACCAGCGGGAAGGCAAGCCGAGGCUUUCUCUGCGCCGGUUCUUCUCGGCCAUCGGACUCAACAGCCUGGGCAAGCACAGCAAAGGGCGCUCCAGCAGCAUGGAGCAGCUGAGCUUCUGCCCGAAGAGCAGCCCCGCCUCCCCCGGCCCUGCGCACAGGCACUGCGGCCAGCUGAAGAAGGCCCCCUCGCUCCAGUCCCUGCGCAUGGGGUCGCCAUUUGCCCAGCUGCGGAAAGCCUCAUCAGUACAGAGUCUACAAGUACCGAAGAAGAAGGGAGACCGCUCCAGUGCAUAUACGCCCGGAGAACAACACUGCAGCCCAGCAUACAGCAGGGGGCUGCAGCGAGCUCUGAGUGUGGAGGAUGUGGGGAGUCCCAGCUCCGUGCGCUCUGUGGGACGGGUGGCCCAGGCCUUCCCGGACGGGACCCUGCUGCUGGAGCUCCGAAGGCCCCCCAACGGCCCCUUCGGGUUCCUUAUCUCCCGGGGUAAAGGUCGGCCUGACUCAGGCGUGUACGUAGAGGAGAUGGGAGACAGCAGCACACAGAAGCUGUACGCGGGGCUGCUGGGGGUCGGGGAUGAAAUCCUGGAGGUGAACGGGGAGAAGGUAGCGGGCCUGACCCUGGAACAGGUGACCCGGAUCAUGACGCAGGACUGCAGCGCCUCCAUCCGCGUGCUCAGACACCGGCGGGUCCCGCGCUGACGCACAGAGCGGCCGGGGCGGGGAGCAACGAGCGGCGCACCAUGGAGAGGCCAGACGGAGGACAGGAGUCUGUUACAGAGCGCGACUCUCACAACCGGCAUUCAGUGAGCAGCGGGGAGACCCAGGAGUCAACAACAACAACAACAACAACGAUAACAACAACAACAAAAACUAAUUCAAGGAGCAUCUGGGAGAAGAAACCAGAGCAGGAAAAAAUCUGCUCCUCUACUUAGUUUUGAUUUGGUGCAGCGCUGAGGAAAGCGCUGUAUUUAUCCACAGUAUACGUCUGCAGUGAAUUUAAGUCCCCAAACUGACAACUGGGGUUCUGGAAAAGUCAAUCCUACCCCCUUUUUUCCUCAAGGUGCUUCAUACUUGAUCUCACAAAUGUGAGACCCCCAAUGACCCCCCUUGAGCUUCCAGUGGCAUUGUGUUUGCUCAAAGAUAACAGAACUCAGUAGUCAUCCUCUAGAAACAUAGCUGGCCUUGUACCUCAUUGAUUGUUUCAUCUGUUAAAAGGCUACUCAGAUAAGAGCAAUCUCUGUGCAAUAAAAACGUUUUACUGUAGAAACCAUGAUUACCAAAUACAGGUGUGAGACACAGACAGAUAGGAUUGAGUAGUAAUUCAAAUGGUCAUCGUAGAAAUGUGGAACAAACAGCAUGCUUUCAUUCAAGAGACCUCUUGAAACAGUUACUUACUUCAUUGUUAAUGAAAGAGCUUCUAUUUCAUUCAGAUACAUACAAAAAAAAGCUUUCUGCAAUUUGCAACACCAGAAUUAAGAAGGAUGAAAAAGUACAGAUGGAGUGCUUAACAGCUUUGGAAAGUGCAAUCUCCGACCACUCUCAAAUCUGGGAUAUAUAUAGACGGUGAAACACCACAUCAAAGAUAAAUUAGAUGAUGGCUAAAACGGAAUGUAGUGACUCAAGGUGUGUGGUAGAGUUUGUGUUGCACAGUCAAAGGCACUACCACACAUUCAGAACUUGAGCAGCUGAUCUUUGAGCUGAGCUUUUCUACUCCCUGUAUCAACAGCCAUUGCACCAGAGGUUUGUUCAGCUGCUCUGGAGCGUAGAACAGAAUCACGGGAAAAUACAUUAGCAGAGGAAUACUCUAAAUGGAUUGGUUUUUAAAGUAUGUGUAAUGGCAGGUAUUACUCCAGUAUAUGGAUGACAAAUUCAAAGCUCUAAUGUAUUAGGAGACUCAAGGAUUUUAUUUUCCUUCAGUUAAGUUAGUUUUUGCACAGCGCAGAUUACUGCUCUUUUGGGGUUUAUGCGUGGUGUAAGAAAUGUUUCCGUGCUCUGCUCUAAAAUGGGGGCACAAUGCUCUGUGUACAUUUUCUGCUCCCAACAGGUUUUUACAUUGAACCGAAGAGUCAAAUUUGACCACAUGAAACAGUCCUCAAUCAAUCAACCAGCAAUCCUUCCUUUCCAUGACAUAGAGAAAUCUGCAUAUUAACAAGUUUCUAAUGAAUGUUGUUAUUCCAUCACCAUUUUUCAUCAUUGUAAAGGAGGGUCAUUUACUGUCUUGUUUAUAAAUGAUGGCAAACAACAAGUUAAAUGGCCCAAUGUGUGGGACCAUACAUGGGGGCCAUGAAUGGCAUGGCCCCAAGUCAUUCAAAUGUCUUAUUCCUGGUGUUUGUGGAUCAGAGUGUGGUUCUUCAUCCUUUGCUUCUGGAUCUGCCAAGGAAAACAUCAAUAUUCUGUCUUUUAUGCAGUCUUUUAAAGUCUUUUUAGAUCAGGUUCCUUCGGUGAAGUAAUCAUAGAGAAGGCGAAUAUAAUUCCACAAGUCUUCUGCAUUUUGUUGACUUUUCAUGAUGUCAUUCUGGGUAUGUUCCUUUGUCCAGCCUGCCUGUAGUAGUCCUGUGAGCUUCAUCGUUUUUAAUAGCCGUUUAUGACUCAUUUACCUCAUAGAGGCGGGCGGAAUGUUUUCAAGGCUGACAAUAAAUUCUGCCAGUGUUACGCCAUAUUCAUGUUAUGCCAUAUCAAAAAUGUACAAUAAUGUGACACAUUCAGUUGCUUAUGGAUAGAAAUAGCUGAGAUGUGUGGUUUGAAAUUCUGAAAUAUGCAGUGUGCUGUUUUGCCAUUUCAGUAUUCACAUUUUAGGAAGAAAAGUAGAACCAGUGAGUGACAGUGGGACAAUCAUGAAGCACCAAUGAUGGUGGAGUCCUUCCAUACCUAUCAGUAUUAAAGUGUACAAAAAAGUGAAUUGAAAUCUCCCUGUCAUACAGUCCAUGCAUUUUGUUACUUUUAUUUAUAUUGAAUACAAGGCAAAUAAAAUAUUUGAACAUG